CUUCUGACUGUCCGACAACUUUUCCAUUCUCUUGCGGCUACUGCCAAGACCAACGUAGAUAGAAGAGUUCAAGUUUCAGGGUUACUCUUCUAGAAACAGGUCUGCUAUCAUCUCCUGCUGUGUUGGAAUCUGUCACUUUAACUGACUGGUAUCCUUGGAAAUCCUGAGUGCUAAAACAUCCACAAGACUGAUAUUACCAUGCAGAUAUUACUUUGUGCCAAGUAUUUUCAGCGCCUAGCAAUUUCUGCUUCUAUGAGAGCACUGCAUAAAGAUUAUAGAACAGUGAUCCCUCAGAAUUUCUCCAACUAUGAAUCCAUGAAACAGAACUUCAAACUGGAGAUUCCAGAGUAUUUCAACUUUGCUAAAGAUGUUCUGGAUCAGUGGACCAAUGUGGAAAAGACUGGAAAGAAACCUUCCAAUCCAGCCUUCUGGUGGGUAAAUGGAAAUGGAAAAGAAGUGAGAUGGAGUUUUGAAGAACUGGGAUCUUUGUCAAGGAAAUUUGCAAAUAUACUUACAGAAGGUUGUGCCCUGCAAAGGGGAGAUCGAGUAAUUCUAAUCCUGCCCAGGAUCCCAGAAUGGUGGCUUGCAAAUGUAGCCUGCCUGCGAACAGGGACAGUUUUAAUUCCAGGAACCACUCAGCUGACCCAGAAAGACAUUCUCUACAGACUACAAACUUCAAAAGCAAAUUGCAUUGUUACUGAUGAAAUUUUAGCUCCAGCAGUAGAUGCUAUUGCUUCCAAAUGUGAAAAUCUGCAUUCUAAGAUAAUUGUGUCUGAGAAGCCUAGAAAAGGGUGGAAGAACCUCAAGGAGAUGAUGAAACAUGCCAGUGACAAACACACCUGCGUGAAGACAAAACACAAUGAGAUAAUGGCCAUUUUCUUUACCAGUGGAACAAGUGGACCUCCUAAGAUGACUGGACACACUCACAGCAGUUUCGGCUUAGGAUUAUCUAUAAAUGGAAGGUUCUGGCUGGAUUUGACCCCUUCUGAUGUGAUGUGGAAUGCCUCAGACACAGGCUGGGCAAAAUCUGCAUGGAGUAGUGUUUUUGCUCCAUGGACCCAGGGAGCAUGUGUAUUUGUUCAUUUUUUGCCACGGUUUGAGCCAACUUCCAUCCUGCAAACACUUUCCAAGUUUCCCAUCACAGUCUUCUGUUCAGCACCAACUGCAUACAGAAUGCUUGUGCAGAAUGAUAAGACCAGAAACUGUAAGUUCAAAAGCUUAAAGCACUGUGUGAGUGCUGGGGAGCCAAUCAACCCUGAAGUGACUGAACAAUGGAGAAACCUGACAGGUCUGGAUAUCUACGAAGGAUAUGGACAGACUGAAACGGUGCUAAUCUGUGGAAAUUUUAAGGGAAUGAAAAUAAAGCCUGGCUCAAUGGGAAAGCCUUCUCCUGCUUUUGAUGUUAAGAUUUUAGAUGUGAAUGGCAAUGUUCUACCACCUGGGCAAGAAGGAGAUAUUGGCAUUCGAGUUUCACCUAACCGACCAUUUGGCCUUUUUACUCAUUAUAUCGAUAAUCCUACAAAAACAGCUUCAACCCUCCGAGGCGAUUUCUAUAUCACUGGGGACCGGGGCUAUAUGGAUGAGGAUGGAUAUUUCUGGUUUGUUGCAAGAUCAGAUGAUAUCAUAUUAUCCUCUGGUUACCGAAUUGGACCAUCGGAGGUAGAAAAUGCCCUGAUUGAACAUCCUGCAGUUGAAGAGUCAGCUGUCAUCAGCAGCCCAGACCCUGUCAGAGGAGAGGUAGUAAAGGCUUUUAUUGUUCUGAACCCUGAUUACAAGUCACAUGAUCAAGAACAACUGAAAAAGGAGAUUCAGGAGCAUGUGAAAAGAACUACAGCACCUUACAAAUAUCCCAGAAAGAUAGAAUUUAUUCAAGAGCUGCCAAAGACUAUCAGUGGGAAGAUAAAAAGAAAUGAACUGAGGAAGAAGGAAUGGAAAAAAAUUUAAAUUUAUUCCAUUAAUUAUCACGGUAUCUAUAAAAUAAGACCUUGUAAAAACCAUAGCAUUAUGAAGAAGUGGUAAAAAAUGUGAUAGUAUGCUUACAAACUAAUUGAUUUAAAAUAUCUUGUGGUUAUAACAUCAGAGGCUGAAUUCUGAAAUAAAAUAUUCAGUAAAUUCCUCUGCAUUAGUGUCAGUAAAAAGAAUACCAUCAAUUGCUUAGGGAAGUUUUAAAUGUAUAGUAUAGACGCAGUUUCUGAACCAAAUCUCUGACCUGUCAGGUCUCAAAUCUUAGUUGAAUAAUUUUUUUGAUAUGGUGAUAUAUAAAUUAAAACCAAUUUUCAAGUGUUGAAAUAAACUAAACAAAUUAUAAACAUUUUUGGAGAAAUUUAAAAUAUGAAAUCACCAUAAUGCUUAAAAUACAAAUAGCUAUCUGAAAAUAGGUCAGGGAUUUUUAUUAGUCACACUUUUAUUCAAAUGAUUUAAAAAUAGUUUAAAAUUCAUUUCAAGGUCUAACUAUAAAAGGAUAUCACAUGUUGUACACCCGAAACUAAUAUAAUAUUGUAUAUAAAUUAUAAUUUCAACAGAAAGAAACAAGGAUAUCUUAUAUUAGUAAUUUUGCUUACUAUGUUUAACCUAAUAAAUAGUUUACCAAGUA